AUUUGGUUUUGCCUAUGCGGCUAUUAGAUAUGGCUCUACGGCUCUACUCAACCAGCCCUAAUUAAUUUGUAAAAAAUAGUACUCCUACUAGUUAAUUACGAAUUACUACAAAAACAACAAAGUAAUUCUCAAAAUGGCAAACGGCAGCCAAAAAUUAAUUUAGGGAUUUGUUAAUUUCGUUCCGGCGACAAGACAACUACCCCCAUGGCCGCCACCGUUACACCGCCUCCCAACAUGACGGAGGCCAACACCUACGCUGUCCCUGCAACACCGCCGGCCAAUCAGCUGUCUGGCUCCCAUCCUCACUCCCCAAAACUCGAAACCCUUUCGCCACGCUCGCCAUCGCCGCCGCUCUUCUUGAAUUCAAUUGCCGAACUCAAAGACUUCUCCUCCGCCAUGUCGGGCUUCCUCCAUUGCUACGACGACCUCCACAACCACCUCGAAUCCAUCAAAGGCGCUAUUUUGGCGAUGCUGCCGCCAGAAAUCCCUCACAUUUCUCAACCAUCCCCGCAGAAACCUGAAGCUUUGGAGGAAACAGCAAUGGAGAAACAACAGGACGAUAAAAGCCCCUCGAAAUCGGAGCUCGAGGGCCUCUGCAAAGCGAUGUGCAGCCGCGGCGUGCGAAAAUAUUUGGCCUCUCAUCUAUCCAGUCUCCCAAUGCUGCAGGAAGAAGUGCCCAAAGCGUUGAGGCAGGCGCCAAACCCUUGGAAGCUGGUUUUAGAAUGUUUGGGUAAAUUCUUUUUGCAGGGGAGUAAGGCCUUCACUAGGAACUCCCCUAUGAUACCUGCUCGUGAGGCAUCGAUUUUGGUGUUGGAAUGCUUCUUAUUGAUGAUGGGAUUGGAAGUUUCCAGUGAAAACGAUAACAGGAUCUCAGACAUUGAGAAGGCGGUGAAGGAGGAGGCAGAUGUUGCAGCCUUGGCGUGGCAGAAGAGGUUGAUGAUUGAAGGAGGUUUAGCCAGGGCUAACCAGGUCGAUGCCCGUGGGCUUUUGCUGUUUGUUGCAUGUUUCGGGGUACCAGCUUCGUUUAAGGCUGAGGAUAUGAGGGAUUUAAUGAUUGCGGGGAAUGCCAAGGAGAUUGCUCGUGUAUUGCAGAAGUCUCGUUUGCUUAUGAAUAAAAUUUCAGAGAUAAUAGAGGAGAUGGUGAAGAAUAAAAUGGAAGUAGAUGCUGUUGAUAUUGUUUAUACCUUCGGCCUUGAAGAGAGGUUUAAUCCACACACAAUUUUAAUUUCAUUUCUACGAGAAUCUAAAGAAACUUGGAAAAAACCAAAAAAGGGAUCACAGGGUUCACCAGCUACACUUAAUGAAGCAAAUAAGAAGCAAUUGGCUACUCUGAAAUCUAUUAGCAGGUGUUUGGAAAGGCACAACAUUGAUCCUGCAAAGCUUCUUCCUGGAUGGCAGAUCAAUGAAAAAAUUGUGACUCUAGAAAAAGACAUCAUUGAUUUUGAUAGGAAAUCAGUAAUAGACAAAGCAUCUCUGAAAAGAAAAUCGAGUGAAACUGAGACGUCAACAAGGCCAAAAGUCCAAGAUGCUAAACGUGUGCGCCAUGUAAACCAUGUUGCACAACAGCAGAAGGCUACUGGUCAUGUCGAUAGCAGGAGGACUAUGUUGGAUAAUGGACAUUCUAACCGUGUCAAUAGUUAUGCUGCUCCAGCUGUAAUGUACGGAGGACCUGGUGCAGGGUUACUACCAGAAAGUAUGAUCACGUCUGGAGUCGGGGCUACGAGCCAUGGUGGCAUGCUUCCGACAUAUGCUGUCCACGAGCCAGUUUUGGUUGAUGCAGGAGGGCAAUAUAUAAACCGCGGCAAUCACCCAUACAUGUGGCAUAGGGAUUCAGCCAUAAAGGAAAGGUAUAUUGGUCAACCCCCGCCUAUAGGGCUCACUUCCUUGUACAGGGCGUCAUCAUCCGUUGAGGGCUUCCCGGGGAAUAAUACUACCUCAUCAGUAGGUCAUGGAAAUCGGGGUUCAACGUCUGAUCUAUAUCAGUUUGCUGAUUCUAUAGCAGAGAGUGAAUUGUAUCCGAGCAGCGGUGCUCGGAGUGUUACUGCUGGUUCUAGUGCUGUGCCACCUCAUCUUUCGUCAUAUUUAUACCAAGCUUAGCCUCUCACGAUUGUUUGUUGUCUUAAGAUGAUCUCCCAUUAGAAGCCUAGAAUACAUGUGUUGAUAUGUUGCUACUUAUAUAACCCUGAAUUCUUAAAACUUCUAUAGUUUUUCUUGCUGAAUUCUUUCUAGGUAUUAUAACCCUGGCAUCCUGGAAGAAAAGAUAUGUAUCUCAGCUUUUCUAGAA